AUGGGCCUUCAUAUUAUCCUUACUCACAUCAUUUUUUUUCUUGUUCCAUCACUUCUCCCUACCAUUAAUUUUCAUCGUAUCCCCAGAAAUUGCUCCACCCCAACUGCACUUGUUUCUCUUACCAACCCAUCUUCGACGUCUGAUUGCGCUCUUCAGCUGACUUCCGGGCCAAGCUUUGACGUCGGACACAUUGCCUUACCUGUAGUAAGCCCUAGUGUUAGUCCAAUAGAUGGUUCGAUCAGAGAACAGGUCACGACUUCCAUUAAUGGGACUAUGCCGUUUCCCAUCUCAAGCUCCCGCCAUCAUAAACAGCCCAUCGCUUCCACAUCACUAGCAUCCCCCUUAACCAUACUUGGUCAAUGCUCUGCUACCACUAGCAGUGUCGAGGCGGCCAUCACUGCAAACGAUUUGCUUGGAACUUGUGCACUGUCUUCCGCCAUUUCUAGCGCUACUUCUAAUGAAGACGCUCCACCUGUCUGGCUUUCAGUUCGUCCACUGCCUGAAGCGUUACAGCGAACUGUGCUGGCGCCCUGCGGGGGUCACAACAGUGCUAGCAACACUGCUUCAAGACGUCAUGGGCUGGCCAAUGCUACUUCCACAAGCAUAACGAUUGACUCUACUGUUUCAUCAUUAGUGCCAAUGAGACCUAUGUCUGCAGGAAUCUCUGAAAUGCAACUAUUACAAACCUCUGUCGAACUAGACAAGUCCGUGAUCUCACCAAGUCUAGAUGAUCUUUUGGAUGACAAUAAUAGUAAUCUACACUAUAUGGACAAGGCACAGACGUGUAUAAGUAGUGAGGUACAUGUGACUAUGAUAAUAGCCGUCUUAUUUUUUUUACUUAAGUCCCUCUGA